AUGGGGGAGAUUUUAUUAAUUUGUUUGAAUAUCAUAAAAUUUAAUAUCAAACAACGAGGAUCACAACCUGACUCUUAUCAUAAACAGCAGAUUUUCAGAACCAGAAAUAAACGAGGUGAAAGCACCAAUAUCUAUUUGAAGUUACGAGUGUUGGAAAGCUUACGAGAUUGGGAUUUGCAUGAUGCGCCAUAUUGUGAUGAUGUUUAUGAUUCUUUUACUUCACUACACAAGACGCUCAGAUUUAAAAUCUUCAUUCAAAAAGAUGACCAAGAUGUACAUAAAACAGUUUUUUCACCCUUGAAUGCAAAUUAUCAUAAAUAA